AUGGGAAAUUGCUUUGCUCUUCAGGAAAAGGUUAUCAAAGUCAUAAAAAUAGAUGGGAAAAUCCUUGAAUACAAAGCCCCAUUAGAAGUUCAUCACGUGUUAUCAGAAUUUUCUCACCAUGCAAUAUCAGAUGAACUUCCAGUAGUACAGUACAUGAAUCCAAACGCUAAAAUGAUAGGGGGUCAGUCAUAUUACCUUCUACCUCUACCAGUGGCUCCUCCACCGCGGAUUAAGAAGAAGAAGACCGUUCGUUUUGCUGAUUCAGUCGAAGGAGCUGGAGAAGCAACCGGAGUUUUGAGGAUUAAGCUUGUCAUCAGCAAACAAGACCUGCAGGCAAUGUUACGAAAGGGAGGAGUUUCAGUUCAUGAUUUGGUAUCGAAACAAAGCACACACAAGGUUGACACCAUUGACAGGAUUGCUAACAUGAAUUGCAGAGGAUGGACGCCCUCGCUGGAUAGUGUGCCUGAAGUGAACUAG